AUGGACGUUUUCAGCCGCCCAGAUUACUAUCCUACUCCAUCUAGUAAUGUGGUUCGGUACAGAGAGCCCGAUGGGUUUAAAGGCAAGAGGUCAGUAUUAAAUACAGAUCUCGUGGCUCUCAUCGUAGAUCUAUCCUCACCAAUAGACGCUGUUGAUUACACAGUUAUCUCUGAUUUUUUUCUUGUAUACAGAAAUUUCAUGUCCCCAUUACAGUUGCAGGAGUUAUUAGUUUUGAGGUUCCAUUGGUGUAUCGAUGAAAUAAUGGCUGAUAGAGCUAAGAAAACGAGACGGAAGAAAAUUGGUGAAAUUGCAUUGGUACGAACAUUUGUUCUUCUGAGACAUUGGAUUCUCAACUAUUUCGUUCAAGAUUUUUUAGUGGAUGUUAAUUUAAGAUUACAAUUUAUCAAAUUUCUGAAUCUAUAUUUACAAGAUUUACCUAAAAUUGUGCGAUGUACUAUGCUUAAUUUGAAAAAAUCGUGGAUCCAUUGUACCAAGAAAGUUUGGACAAAUUUAGAUUUAAAUGAACCAAAAUCUAUAGGAGAAGAUGAACUAUGGGUUUUUUACGAAAUAAAGGAUUUUACAGAAUUAGACGAGUUAAGGAAAAGAGAUAGCCAAUUGAGCUCUUACGCGAUUCAAGGUAGUUCGAGCCCGAAUUUUAGAAAUCAGAGUGUUUUAUCACUUUACAAAAGUUCCGAUGUGUUCCAGCUUCCAGCACCUUCACCAGUAGAUAAGAAGAAAAGGGAAAAUCGUACAGCAUCCAUGAUUCUUUUCCCUCAAGAUAACUCCAAUGUGAAAAAUGUAGAUCCAAGAACGCCCGCUACAGCUGGUACUCAAGAGUUGUCUCCAUCCAAUAGAAGUGCUUCGAAAAGCCAGAAGAAAAAAAUUAAUCGACUCUCUAGGUUGACGAAGGUAUCUACAGUAAUGAAAGAUGUCGAAUAUCCAUCUACGCCUGGGAUUGAUAAAGUGAUACCUCCUACGCCAGCAAAGAAAGUGGAACUGAUACUACAAUUACCAGAAGAUAACAAGAAUGGUCCUCCUAUGAAAAAUCCUAAUUCUCAUAACCAUAGUAAAGGCGAUGUGAGAAGAUCUGUUAGUUGGAGUAAAGUUACUGGGAUGAAUCGAACGUCCAAUAUAGUAAAAAAUCGAACUUCCAGAUCGGCAAGUAUUGGUAAAGCUUCAACGAAUUUCCGCAGUUCAAUGCUUCAUCAUGGUGCUAUGGGACUUCUGAGCAAAUGGAGGAAAAAUCACGCGUAUUAUAAGCACAAUGAUAUGGAUGGAGCAUCCUUGUCCUCGUUCUCGAAAGAUGACACAUUAAGGGACGGGAAUGGUAAAAAGGAGAUGGAUAAUUUUGUGAAAUACGUAAUAUCCAUUAGUUCCUUAGAAGAUAGAAAUUUUGCACCUAGGGAGAUGGAAAAUUUAGUUUCAACCAAGUUCGAUUUGUUAAGCGCUAGAACCAUCGAAGAAGUAGAAUUUUUGGUUACUUUAGAAAAUAAUUUAAUCAAAGAGCUCAACGAUACUGUAGUGGAGACUACAGAUAUACCGUCGGCGGUUAGAAGAAACGGACAGGAUGAUCAAACGAAAAUUACCGACAUUAUGCAAUUUAGCGCAAUGGAUAAUUUAAAUCUGUAUCAAACGGUUAACUCUAUUGCAAAUUCCGUCUUCUCCCUUUCUAGGUCAUUGACACAACGAAAACAACAACAACAGCAUCAACAUCAACAAUCACAAAACCAAAACCUCAUAGGCUCACCAUCAUUUGCUGCUCUUGAAAGACGAAAAGUACAAAGUGCAAUCCCUUUCAUGAAUAGUGCCUCUCAAUCCAGGUUCAGCAUUUCCAGCCAAACAUUGGACAGAGAUGGAACACCAAGAUUGGACGAUACAGGUCCUCAAAGGCUGGUGUUCCAUGGUUCAGGUGUACUCGAUAGUAGUAGUAAAAAAGGAUUUGGUACAUUAUCACGCUCCGAUUCUGCAUCUACUUUUUUAACGCCCACAAAAUUGCGUAAUUCCCAAUCACCCAGACGUAAUUCACCCUCCAAAGGACAAUUGCCCAAUUUACAGGAACAACAUGAAAUUUCGCAAGACAGCAAUCAUGAUGAUGGAGCUUCCACAUCGUCUUUUGUGUCCUAUGAUUCUGAUCUUUCUAGCACAUUCAACAACAACUUAUACGCAACUAGAAGAAAAUCAAAGAAAAUGUCAUUAAUCUACCCCGACGAAGCUCGUUCGUUGAAAAGGAAAGACGCUCAUUCUAAUCUCCAUGAGUUCACUUUUGAAGAUGAAAAUAAACUGGAAAGAGAAGAAACCCAGUCCUUGACAUCUUUUGUCACAACGAAUACAACAAACGACCAAAGAAUAAUUGAUAUUGAUGAUGAUGAUAAUGACAAUGAUAGCGACAGCGACUCUUCAAUUUCUGAUGUUCAAGGUUUUUCAACUUACGACAAUAAGGAGGAUAAGUAUGGAAAUGAAGCGAGAAACGAACUGAAAGAUAUAAGGAAGGAUAGAAAUGAGGAUGAGAAUGGACAAGGGAAUGAAUUGGAGCAUACUGUGGGGCAAGAAAAUAAAGAUGAAAGAGAUAGUGAAACUAAAAACGAAAUUAUAAAUAAAAAUCAACCCACCAUUAGCGUGAGGAGGGCAAGUGGUAGAGUCAGUUUAGGUCAGAGGAGAACACGUAUUGCUUCCAACCCUAGAGAGAGCAUGUGGUCUGCCUCCCAACGAGUUGGUCAAGACCCCGAUUACAUUACCAAGGACAAAGAACUUCGAGAAAAAGAGAUGGAGUUAUUCGAACUUGAGCAAUAUGUGUCGAAUAGAGUAUCUACAGCGACAAGUGUAGACACCUCUAUGCUUUUUUCUUCGGCUAACUGUAGUCCUAGAAGAAGUAGAAUGUUGGGACCCGACCACAUCCGUCUUUCUGCAACACCUAGUAUCAAGUCUAUUUCCAGUGAUCAUCCUGAUUUUGGCGCUGAUACUUUUGAAACUUACGAUGAGAGCAUUCAUCGACAGGCUACCUCUGAAUCUGUGGCGAAUAAUCGAAAUCCAGCUCCUAACAAUAAAUUACAACCGCAAGAAUCUACUGAUUCCUCAUUUAAUUACUCCACUACUGGUUCACAAAAUGGUAUUGGAUUAUCCACAGGUGGUAUGGGUAGUAAAUAUCUUUUCGCUCCAGAGAAUGAAGGUACUGAUUAUGCAUCUCCGGACAAAAACGUAGAAGCUUUGAAAAACAGAUUCUUCGAAGAAGAUGACGAUGGUUCCCACGAUAAUGAUAGUAAACUGGAUAGGGAUAGUCCUUCAAAGGAAAGGGGAGAUCAAGACAACGUUGACCAUGGUAUUGAAGAAAAUGAUAAUAGCAUGGACAGGUUAUUAGGUACUCUUGACGACACACAGAAGAAUAUACCGAAAAUAUCCUCUCCUGAAUCGAGGCGCACACUUGAUUGGAACAAUAUAUCUCAGGAUUCUGAAGUGGAUGAUCCUGUCAAUGUGGCCCUAAUGAAACUUGAAGGUACAUAUAAGCGUGGUGAAAAUGAUGUGAAACAAAAUUCUGAAGACAAAGGACCCUCCCGACAGAGCUCCAGCGCUUCAAUUCUGGCCCGUGAAGUGAGUAUGUUAGGAAUUGCAGAUGUAAAUGGAGGACCACCAGAUCCCGGUGACAAACGCAAAUCCUUACUCAUCGAAACUAGAAGACGAACCAUUAUGAACAUACCGUAUACGCCAAAGGAGGAAAAAAUUCAAGUAGAUAAGCAAGAAAACAUAGCACUACAGGCCAAAGAUUUGUUGAAUCAAUACGAGAUGAAGGAUCCAAAUUUAACGGUGAACAACUGUGAGCAGCAUAUUCCUUUUAUCUUAAUGUAUGAUUCUUUAUCAAUCGCCCAACAGAUGACCUUAAUUGAAAGGGAGCUGUUGAGCGAAGUGGAUUGGAAAGAUCUUUUAGACGUAAAUCUAAAAUAUCGCGGACCCACCGUGACCAGUUGGUUACAAUUAUUGGUGCAAAACGAAUCGUUAUCUGGUAUAGACCUUGCCAUUGCCAGAUUUAACCUUACUGUUGAUUGGAUAAUUUCUGAAAUUAUUCUAACUUCGGACAUUAGGCUCAAAAGAAACACCAUUCAAAGAUUUAUCCAUGUCGCAGAUCACUGUCGGUCAUUUCAAAACUACAAUACUCUAAUGGAAAUUGUUCUUGCAUUAAACUCAACAACAGUGCAAAAAUGCAUUGAGGCAUGGAGACUUAUCGAACCAGGAGAUCUCAUCACCUGGGGAGAAUUAAAGAAGAUGCCAUCCUUGGAUAAAAAUUAUUCGUACAUCAGAAAACUACUCAACAAUAUUGAUCCAAUCAAAGGUUGUGCACCUUUCAUAGUGGUUUAUCUAUCUGAUCUGACCUUGAAUAAUGAGAAGAGGACCUGGAUCGAAGAAAAACAAGUUGUUAAUUACAACAAAUUUGAAACGAACGUACAAAUUGUGAAAAACUUCAUUCAAAGGGUUCAAUGGUCCAAAUUUUACAACUUCCCUGUAGAUCAUGAACUGCUGAGUAAAUGUGUUUAUUUGACAGCACUGUCACACGAUGAGAUCACCCAGAUCAUAAACAAACUAAACAAAUAA